AAACCUAAAAAAGUCGGCGCUGCUUUGUAUGAAUCACUAAGUCAGGAAUUCAGUGUCACCAGUUGUAGCAGUGUCAUGAAAAUGAUCACCAUUAAACGUCCUCUGAGAUCAUCAGAUAUCAAGAGUGAGGCGAGAGAAAAUAUUGCAUCUUAGCCUGAGAAACAGCCGACAUUAAGCGACGCUACCACUGGUUUCCCCGCCAGAUGACGUCUGAGAAACGGGCGCAGAAAUUUCAUAUGGAAAUAAACUCGAGCUUUGCUAUUUUUGUUGACUGACUCCGAUAAAUGGGCUCGGUGACAAAUCGCUUGUACCUAACAAAAAAGUGAAAACUUUACGACGACAGCGAUGAUACGUGAUUAUAAUUUUGUUUCUUAGUAACCACACUGGGGCUUGACGACGAUUUCUUAGAAACUAACCUCUUUAUUCAUUAGUUAAACAUUUUUUUUAGGAAGCCUAGUCGGUGUUGAACAAAACCGCCAGCCAAUGGCUCCUCAUGAGAUCCUGGUAAAGCGCUUGCGCUGGCCCGGUUUUCGAGAUCUCGCCUCAAUAUCUUUCGUAAAAUUGCGAUCUGACUGCAAGAUCAAGAAAAGACGGCCUAUCUUGGGAUCAUGAAAAUAUGAACAUUCCAUCUCCGUUACCAGGACGAACUUUUUUCAAGUAUGCGUGCGACUUCCUUGAAAGAAAGCGAGUUCAGCACCAUUGGGAACUGAAACUGGCAAAGGAAACCAUAACUUUUCUAACGUCGUGCGCGCUUUACACCUUACUUUAAAGUGACGGGAAGACUACCUUUCCUUUAUUAUUUAUUUCAAUCAGCCGUCGGCCACUCCAGCAGAACUCAAAACAGUUUUUACCUCGAAACGAAACAUCGACGGCCAAUUAUCUUUCCCCCAUGCGGCCAUGUAAUAUUCUCUAUUUUCUGCGUGAAACAACCCACAUAUGCAAAUAUCUCAAGAUUCACAGAUUGUCGUGAGCCAUAUAUAUACUUCCACUUUCAAUCGGCCUUCGACAAAUCGACCCUUUUGAUCGACAGUAUGCAGUGAUUAUUCUCCGCAGUCUGUCUCGCUCUCAAUUCAGGCGAAGAAACUGCUACUAGUAAUCGAUGUUAUUUGCUCUACUGUUUUAAGCUCUGUUUAUCUAACCAUGCAUUUAUAAAGCAACAUAUUCUGCCUGGGGGGUUAACGGGGCUUAAAUUUAUCAUGAAGGUUUGAAGAGCCGGGGGCCAAGUCAUCAUAUUAUCUAAACGUUCUUCGUUGCAGUUAAGAUCAUGUUUGUUGCUGAUGAAUGCUUCCUUAUUCAAUCAGCCUUCCUCCUCGAAAAAUCUACCCUUUUUGAUCGACACCUACAAGGGGGCCAUUGUAUUUCUCAGCAGCCUACCAUUUGGGGACCCAUGCAGCCUAAAGCUGUAUUAGUACUGAGUAAAUGGUGUUCUUCGUUGUACUUUGUUGCACCAUCUGUUCAACAUACAAGCAAAUUUAACAAACAAUUUCACUGAAUGAAUAAUGUGCACUGGUAGACCUUUCACUCCCAGAAGUCGCCGAAGUCAAUUCGACAAGAAUUCCGAACCUUCCGUUCAUGGAACAAAUCGUACCAAGUUAAAAUACUGCUGAAAGAAAUUCAUUUGAAUGGUCACCACCCUAUAUUUCAUAGGCUUGCAAACUCAAAAGUUAGAACCACCAUAUAAGAUCCCAUUAUUAACUCUGGGAGUGAGACGCGUCUCUCGUUGAUCAAUCAAACAGUGUUAGAGUUUUUGCGGUAACAAAAGAAUUCUCCAAAUACAAUGUAGCAGCUUCAAAGUCCACUGUCUUCUAGAUGCGAAUCUAAGCACCUCUUUAAAUUCACCCCUUAAACUGUUCAGCAACUUCACGAUUCGAGAACUCUGCUACCUACUAGAAGAGUUUGCAGUUUCCUUAGUUUUAUCUUAAUUGUUCUCACCAUUCCACCUAAAUUAUACCGCGCAGCUAAAACAUUUUGUUUUUUCACCGAGUUCUCUGCUUACUGGGGUCCUUUCUUACCUUUUUGACAAGUACUGUCCUGGUUGACUGAUCUGGAAAUGAGCUGAGUGCAAGGACGUUUGUGCUCAAUUCGGACACUGAUCGCCUCAAAUAAUGGCCUCUUUAUAUAAACGAGAUACCGGUUUGCUGAAAAGUGUUCAAAUAUAAUAUUCUUUGCUUAGUUCCAGGGACUGGUUCCCUUUUCUUCAUUUGCCACCUUCUUAAUAAGCAGCUCGAAAGUAUGAAGCUAAGUUUUUGUUGUAGACAGUUUCAGCGCCGUGUUAUUACAUGAACAAAUGUUAACUAUGAACUGCUGUUAUACUCAUCGUUAUCUGACCCAACGAAUCGAGAACACAGGUGCAAGUUAGAGGAACGGGACACUGUCAAUGUCAAUAUUGAGAUAGCUAUAACGAGUUAAGAUUAAUGGAAGAAGCCCAUACGCCCACAGGCGUCUUUAUCUUAUGAAUUAAUAUUAAUAUCUUAUAAUAAAGUGGUUUCAACGCCACAGCUAAUUGAAACAUUUAAAAUUGCAAAGUACUGUUUGUUGUGUUUAAAAAAAAAAAAUGUGUGGCCGGGCAAAAUGGCUACUUCUUAUAUUGAAGAAACGGCUCAGCUGGUUCUCCAAUUUUGUUGUUGUUGUUGUUCUUGUUGUUGUUGUUUUGACAGAUCAAACAACUGAAACAACUUUAUUUGUAUCUAGUAAUUUACAGAUGAUAAUAAUUUGCAAAAAAAUUUAAGUAUAGAUCCGGCAACUUGAUCAGUUUCAUUGGUUUAUAAUAGUGGCUCUGUUGUUCGGUUUUUAAAAGCUAUCUUGUUCAGUAGCGUUUUUUGCAUGCAUUAGUGCGUGUACUUAUAAUCACUCAAAUGCGGAUUUUUAGUCAUCAAGGCUUUCUUUAAUGAGCAUGUGUUCUAGAGAAAAACAGAAAUUCACCAGGACAUUUGAUGGCAAAUACCCACGGAAAAGACAGGUGUUUGUUAGACCAUGCAGUAGCACCAGUUUGAUGAAAAUGAAAAUUUUUGACCAAAGACAGCGGGCACCUUGUUCAUGCGUCGCUGAAAUUGGGUGGCCAUUUAAAAUGACACCAUAUCUAUUUGGCAGUUAACAGUUGCUCCCUUAUUUUACAGUCUUGUCAGUCCUAAUGGACAAGAAAUGUUAACAUGCGUUUAUCUGGUCACAUUAAAAAGAGGCGACUUUUUAAAACAUUCAGCUGUAAAAAAUUGCGUCAAUUUGACUACCUCGUUUACUUAAUGUUAUUCAUCAAAGAACUUAAGCCUACUCAGAGAGACUCCUGUGAGCACUUGCUUUUAUUGUAUAUUUAUAGGUCAUAAUCAUACUGUAUUCUUUUACCUGAUAAUGAAGCUAGAUCCCAAUUCACUUCCUCUAGAAAAAAAAUUGAUUUUAUUUUAAUUUUGCUUUUGCACUAGGAUUUUUUUUUUAAAAAAGCUAGUAAUUCAUCACAGGAGCCCAUAACCCAGAGCGAGCGACUCCCAUACUAGACCUAUUGUCAAAGAGUUUUUACGGACUAGUUUAUUUUUAGACACAAUUUAGGACACCUUUUCCCGCGAGAAUAGAACCUCCACCAUGUCUAUGGGCGCAUUCGAAGUAUAAGAUAUCACAAAGGAAAACUAAACUUUAUUAAAAGGCAAAAAAUAUCACUUUUAGGUCUGUAGGUUUUAGUGUAUGGUUUGUGGAAUUUAAAAGAUAUUCAAAAUUUGCACCACAACCGUUCAAAAAAUAAACUGGUCCGUGAAAACGCUAUGACAAGAGUGCGUGGAAGUUGCUCGCUCCAGUUCAUCACACAUGAUCGAUUUUCCUUUAAAUUAUUUAAGUCAAUGAAAUCUGGAAAUCGACCUGCGCUAUAACUUUUAAUUUUCUGAGAAUUAUGAAAAGCUUCAAAUAAUUUAUAUUUACAUAGUUCAUUAGUUCAAAUUCAUUCAUUGUGUACAUUUCCAGUAAUUGUUAAUUUUAGGCAUCCUCUCUUCCAUCGAUAAAAUGAGUGAACAAUGGCAGUAAUUUAAGUAUUCUCUUUUCCUUCAUUAAAAUGCGUGUAAAUUUAUAACAGUUGAAACCGUUGAAACACAAACAAAGAUGUCACAAGAAAUUUGCACGAUAACAAUUUUUGUGUUAGAAAAAUGUUUAAAAAUCUCUCCUCCACAUUUCACAAUGUUCAGUUAUUUGAUCCAAUUCUUAAACCUCAGUUGAAACCAAAAUGGCAUAAAACAAGAAGCUAAAUAUUUAUUUGAAAAUUAGAAUCAUAUGAAGGGGUAUGAUUUAGAAGCAGGUGAACUCUAAUGAAGAGAGUCGAAGACCUGAAGACUGUUUCAAAAACAAACAAAAUGUUAAAAGAACUUUUUAUGGGGAAACCGCCAGCUUCUUUUAAAGACGAUUUUUUUUACUUCUCUCUUAUAUUUACAUUAUCAAGGCGGUGGUACUUCCUUAAUAUAAUUACCAAAAAUCCCACCUGCUUAACUCAAAUUAACCCUCGGACGUACACGCAAAGUCAUACCCCAGGCUACCCCUACCGUGGUACAAGGGGGGUGAUGGGACCCCUCCCUAGAGGUUUUGAUAUGUUGCAGUAUUUCGGAAAGAUUUUACCGUCAGUGGAAAGCCUUUGAUAUUUUCGGAUAAGAUGAGGUAUAUUUUAUGGGUGGUCAUGCUGCUGGAGACCUGUGACGUCACCAAACAUGGUCGCCAUCUUGGAUUUUACCAAGAAUAAGUAAUCAGGUAAAAACGGGGAGAAUUGGUAAUUGUUUGUGCUUGAAAUGUGAAAUGACACAUGCUUCUUUUUAUCCCCAAGCUUUACUUUUAUCGUUGAAAGAAGUUGAAAAACAGGUUUUUACUCAAAAAUUGACCACCUGCUACUUAUGACGUCAUAACUUGUAACCAUAGCAACUGAUCAUCACUAAACUUGUCUCAGUUUCCAUGUGCGUCCGAGGGUUAUAAUGUUCACUGACGCACGUAAGUCGUCUCUAAUGGCUAAAAGGCACUUAGCACCGAACCCUCGAGCUGUUUACUUUACUUUACUAAUUUUCUUUCUUGAAUUUCGCCUUUAAGAAUCCUGGGUUGUCUAGUCAAAAAAGAGCAAGGCGAGCAAUAUAAAAAUUAUAAAGUAUUGGCGUCGUCAAAACAGAAUUUCCUACAAUACCAGGCAAAAUUGCACUCGAAAUCAUGUUGAGUAAUCGAUCCUCAGAAGAUGAUAACUGGGCUACUUUAUCGAAAAUGAUUGGCUAAUUGUUCCAAUGAACUAACUACGGACAUGAUCGGAAAAUUCAGGGCACAAAUUAAAUAAAUGCCGCACGCAGGUCAAGCUAGUCUGCGUUGCAGUCGUCUAAUGAGUUUUAACACUGGGUAGAAAUUGCAACAAAUUAAAUGUUAGUCUUAACAGUAACCUGAGAAUUACGGGAUAUCCCAUAUUAUUACUACUUCAUGUAUUUUUUCAUACCAACUAAAUGAGUUCACCCGACUGACACGAGAAAAUGAGAUAAAAAUUGUCUAAAAUAACGAUAACAAAGGUUAUUUCGUUGAAAUUGUAGACGAAAGGUCAGGAUUAGGCUAAAAUAUAUAUCAAACCAUGCUAUGCUCCCUAGACAAGAUUUUGUUGAGAACAUUAAUGAAGCAUAUUUUUUCGACAAGAAAGGUAAUUACGGAAGCUUAUUAAAAUAGAACCCGAGUUGUUUUACAUCGAAUUCAUGACAGUAAAAGGUUUAGGUUAAUUGCUUUAUUAAUUUAGUGGCCAUUCUUUAUAACACCUAUAAUUACAUCCUCCAAAACACCAUCCCAGACCCCAAGUUAACUAAUCAAAUAGUAUAUGAACACCUAAGAGUGUGCCUUUAAUUUUAAUCAUGCCGGAACUGAGUUAGACAUAAGUAAAUUUCAACUGAAACUUUCUUUGCUCGCAUUUUUAUUGUUCAACAAGGAAAAUAAUUAAGGGGUCAAUUGUGGUCCCCUCGGGUUUUAGUUAUAUCACUUCUUAGCAAUUAGUUUUUACAGAUUCGAUAGUGCAUUAGCCAUUUUCUGGUAAAGAGGGUCAUAUGACGUCUCGUCGGCCAAAUUGAUGUGCCAAAACGGUGGCCAUGUUGGUGUUCCAGUAAAAGCUUUCUUUUGUUCCAACAAAUUUACAUAGCCUGUUAGCCAGGUGAGUGAAAAUGUUCCAUAGCUUAAUUUCCUUUGAAUCAUAUAACAGAGACCGUUAAAGAACGAACAUUGUCCACGCAUUACAGGUGUUAAAAAACUGUCGACCAUUGGGGGGCAGUCCGAAGCAGCCAAGAUGAAUUUCAGUAAUUCGUCAGCCAACAAGGAUGCUGCCGCUAGUUGUCGCCUGACGAAAAAGCAAGACAGCCUCGCUGCUCUGCCUGUUAUCGCGAUCAAUUUAGGAUCAUGUCCCGUUAUCAUCCUUAUGAACACGUUAGUUAUCUUUGCGAUAAAAACACGGCGGCCAUUGCAGUCUAACUACAACAUAUUACUGGCCUGUUUGGCGGCAACAGACAUGGUAGUCGGCUUGGUUUCACAACCACUAUUCAUCGCACAAGAAAUUUACUAUCUCUCAGGUGCAUCGCUGGCGGAUUAUUGCGACUUUUACAAAACGGCAGUCUUCUUCUAUAUGUUUCCAAGUGUUGAAUCGUUGCUGAUGUUAGCUUUACUGAGUAUCGAGCGUUUUAUAGCUAUGAAAUACUCACUUAGAUAUUCUAGCCUGGUGACCACAUCUAGAUUAACGAUUGUUGUAUUUUGUAGUUGGAUUAUUUCAGUUAUUCCUGUAAUUUUUCAUCCAAUACCAGCAACACAUUUAUUUGCCAAAUGGUUUAUUUAUGUAACCGUCAUGCCAGCCAUUCUAAUUAUCGUAUACUGUCAUACAACAGUAUAUUUUGUUUCACGCCGACAUAUGAAGCGGAUAAAAACAGAACAGCUUCCAAGCGAAGGGAAGACUAAAUUCUUAGAGGAAAGGAAAGCCUUUAAAACCACAAGUAUAAUUAUCGCCCUCGUGUUUCUUUCGUACGUGCCAAUACUUACGUACGGAAUAUUGAAAGAUAUCUUGCGCGAUAUAGUUUUGUCUUGUGUUUUUCUAAACUCGCUUCUUAAUCCCUUUGUUUACUGCUGGAGAAAGAAAGAUCUCCGUAAAGUCAUAGUGGAACCGCUUAACAUCAGACAAAAUGGAGGGGGAUAAUCAAGAACAACGAAGACGCUUUUCAGCUGCACUGGCUGUCUACUUUUAAUUUUGGAACAUGUUAGACGCUUUUUGUAGUUAAUUCUGCUUUUCAUGUUCAUUUGUAUUUGUUCUUAAGUUCAGUGGCACCCAACGACUUUUUAACUGCCAAGAAAUUUCUAAAGCUCAAGAAAGGUUCGCCUUUUCGUUCGUCUAAGAUGUUUGGAGGUGUUUUACUACAGUUUUUCUCAGAUUUUAUUAUCAAGACUAUUGCCAUUAUUGUUGAAAAGCUCCUCCUAAAAAAUUUAGCAUGAAGACAAAACGUCCCCUAGAAUUUUCAAACGAAAGUCAGAUGGCUGAUCCAUGUCCUCUAACUUUCGACCGGACCCAUCAGGCUAGCUAACAGUUUCAGAUGAGACGAAAAUGCCACCUUAAACUUUGGAGACGGCCAAAGUUCACUUCCGAGCCAAUAAAUAAUUCUUAGGGAAGCUCCAAAUUAACCAAACUGACUUCUAAAGCGUAGAAAAACCAUUUGGGACGCUACCGACGUAUUUAGAAACAUUCGGUCUUUGGGUUCUCCUGAUAUAAUGCUACUAAGAAUAUAAUGGAGUGUCUGAAUGGGAGUGACCAGAGUCAAUUAAAAAAACACUAUGUGUUAAAACACUUAAUGUUUUGGCUCUGUAACAUAUAUGAAACAGUUAAAUUUUGCGCAUUUUGACACUAACAGUAAUAAAAUUUCACUGAAACAGUAUUUUUUUUAGAAAGCAGAGAAAGAAUUAAAUAAAAACGUUAGAAAGCAGAGAAAGAAAUAAAAAAAAUAAACUAUGUGGUUUAUUGGUGUUGAAGUAGUAGAGCAAGAGACGAGUGCACCCCCUCCUAAAAAAAAUCCUGGAUCCGCCCCUGUCUGUGGUGGUUAGUGUUCGUAGAAUAGUUUGCCUGCGUCCUCCUUAAUACUAUUUGCACGGAAAGAAAUACAACUGGCAUAACUAGGUUGCCGGUCAACGACAAACGAGUUGAAGCGAACCUUAUCCCUGAAAUGAAGUAUCCUACCUCACUCUGAUGAGCCUGUCAAGGAACAUUCCAGCUUUAUAGGAGGAGUACCCGUUGCGUACUAUACUACUCCCUUUCAUCCUUAAAAGGAAACUUCAACAGCAAAGCUUUCUUUUUGUUUUUAAUAUUCAAGCUCAGCCUAGAGCUUAAGCAUUUUGUUGACCGUGUGAAGCCGGAAACCGACGCCGCGUUGUCACAGGAAGCAUUGGGUGAGAGGGUGAGAGUAUCCAGAUCACCGCUCACGCUCGGAUUUCAGGAUUAAUCUUGCCGAAAACGCUAAACCUUAUUAAAACAGGAUGAUGUGGAAGGAAUGGCCACCACAGGCAGACGUAACCGUACGAGACAAGAAUCGCUCAGAGAGAGUGCUCUAUAGUUAUGAAUUAUGAGUUUAGCAUAACUGUCUAGGGUUUCUCUGUCUACAAUUUGUUAGUGAAAAGCUCUCGGCGAAGAAGCAGCAUGUGACUUGUUUGAUAUUCCAUACCGAUUCCACUUAAGACUGCAUAUGAAAACUUAAUUUUUGUCCGUUUUUUAACUCUUACCCGAGCAUUUUGCGUCUUGCAAGAUAAGAAACAUAGUGGCCACCCUGAAGACAUGGCCAACUUAAUGCCCUCUUGACAAAGUGACCGUUAAGCAUAGGCGUAGCCUAUUCCAGGCGUUCAGAUAGUGGGGAGCGGUGCGAAGUAAAAGGAGCGCGAAAAAAUAUGAACGCUUGGAACAGGCUAGCAUAGGCGAAGACAAUAAAAAGAUAGCCUGUUCGGACCAUGGGUUUGACAAUAAUUAUGGGAAAUGUUUUUCGAGACUUUAGUAAGUGAGCACAUAACAAAGGAUUGCCUUGUAAUACAGGCUUGACUGUGUCUUCAGUUUACUGAAUUGUCCCAAAAUUUUCAGCGGUUUCACUGCAAAUAUAUUUUUGAACAUUUGACGUCAUUUCCGUGAUUCAUAAGAGGGUUGUCAAUAGAAAAUUGUGGUCGGUUUCUUGUUAGUUAAGCAUGUGGUCUGAGGUUUAAUGAUAGUGACGAUGAUACCUACAAGGGUAUAGUAAAGAGCAUUGAUAACGUGACGUUGUGUGUUCUUUCAAUUUGCAGGUCUUGUUUUGAUACUUUAGAAGGUCACGAGUCUACAGUGUGGGCUAUUAGUUUUGAGAAAACUGGAGACAGAAUGGGUUGGUACCACUGAGGUUUCGGUCAGUUAUCACAGCCGCACGUUUUGAUAUGUGGAAUACUGCGUUAGAAUUGCUGUGAUACAUUUAUUUCCACCUUUUUUUCAAAGGAUAUAAACAACAGCUUUUGACAGAAAUCUUUUAACAAACAACAGCUGUCACUCAGUCUACCUUUGGGGUUCUUCAUGUAAAUUUUCAUAUUGUUUUUAAGUUAAACAUCGUUAAAGACAGUUCUCUCGCAAAAAGAGUACACGUUUAAGCUUUUAGACACUUUUUUUUUUCGCACUUAACCCAAAUCAUAAGUAGUCUUACGCCUUAACUAUCGUUUUUGUUAUUGUCAGAUGUAACUAGGAAGUCUAAAAAUACUUAUAAAAGGGAAUCAUGUCCUUAGGUGAAAAUUCCUUCAAUGUUAUAUUAAGGACAAAUAUAUUAUAUUUCAACAUCUAUUUGUUCACUGCUCAUUUAUUGUAACAAUCUGACCAGGAAGUGGCCAGAUAGGCUGGAUAGGAUCCGCAUUUUAACCAUUUUGGUUUAUUUCCUUUUCCUGUUUUGUUUUUUUUUUUUUUCAGUUUCGUGUAGCUAUGACAAAACUCUAAGAAUAUGGCAGUGUUAUGAACCUGGAAAUAAAGAAGGUAUUUAUUUAACUCUAUUACAGGACGUGGUUGCAUUGAGCGCAUAAGUGAGAAUUCACGUCAACCGUUACCGGCUUUUCUACAGAAGAAUUCGUCGUGCUCUCCGACUCUUGCGUUCAAUUCCCUAUACUAUCUUAUCCGCCAUCGGCCUUGUUAUCCGUGAUACCGAGCGAAAAAUCUUUCGGAGCAAAGGAAAUGCAGCCGCAGCAAGUUGCGUUGUGCACAACAAACACUUCGUAGCCAAAACAGAGUGUUUGGCAUUCACUUCCGCAAAAGAGCUACGAUGUUAAGUUCUAUGAGUUUACUUCCCUCUUUCCUAGCCAUAUGCCCCAUUACUUUUACCACUAACGAUGGCAUUUUUUUUGCCUGUGUUUACGUAAAAUAAAGGUGUGCCAACCCACGGAAGUGACCCGAAAUGGAAGACAGUCUGUGUGUUAUCUGGCUAUCACGACCGAACCGUUUAUGAUGUUCACUGGUGAGUUGUAAUCAAACGUACUUUUCAUAUUCUUUAUUCAGUCUGUGGCCCGCUGUUCUGUUAAUCUCAUGGUUGCAACCAAAAAACUAUUGUUUCCAAGGUUCAGAUUUACUUUGUUGUGCGUUGACAACUGCGAUGUAAAAUGACGAAGUUUUAGCUAGGUUCUUUAGAUAGACGAGGUGAACGGCAAGACGAUAUAAAUAUUCCGACGUGGUUCCCUCUCUUAAGCUCCAACUUGCUUUCCCAACUAUUGAAUAACUGAACGAGUUGAAAUAAUCACGAACAAGCUUAGAAGGAUACGAAGCCAGUUUCCAAAGACAUUUUCACCAGUGUCACCGUUGUGCGGUAUCUUAAGGUGCCUACCAUUUCAAGAGUGACGAGUGAAUGACAGAUUCUGAAGACGUGUGAGGGUGUGGAUGUGGAGAAAAAGAGAGAAUCCUUCACUUCUUCAAAACUUCACCAUGUUUACAAACGCAAAGGCUUACAACAGUGCAACAGAUUUAUGGGAUCUGCCCAAGAUUUUGCAUCUUUUGUAAUUAUUUUUCUUAUCUUAGGUCAUUUGUCACUGAUGCCAUAGUGACAUCUUCCGGAGAUGACUGUAUACGAAUUUUUCAACAGGUGAUUCACAAUCAAAUUGUUCUGCAGAUUUUUUAUGUUUGGUACCUCGCAAUUUAGGAAGCUUUUAUUUAAAUCCCUACACUAGCGAAUCAUUCCUUUGCUGUACCCACAGAAAAGUUUCAACCUUUGAUUCUUUUAGCUACUGCCUAGGCAACUUUUUGAGAAAGAAAAACGAAAUAAUUCGAUACAGAGUUAUCUAGCAGACUAAUUAAUUACAGGUUGCUUUUUAUUUAAUUUAUACAUUUCUCAAGGAGAUUAAUUGUUUAUUUAAUAUUCAUUAGGAUCCUUCCGUUGGUGACAAAAAUCAACCGACAUUUCACCAAGUGGCUGUUCAAAGAAAGGUUUGCAGUAAUUUCGUUUAUAUCCUGAGCAUAAUCCAGUCCAGCGUCUAUGACAACCUGACUAAAUUACUUUAUAAUCGUUUUAAUUAAGGUCUUACCCUUCUGGCCCCAGUUGUUCGGAAGGUGGAUAGCGCUAUCCACAAAAUAAAUCUCUAUCCAGUGAAUAGCGAAAUUAGUUUUCCAAAUACUUAUCCACUGGAUAGUGAUUUAUCCGGUGGAUAGUGCUAUCCAUCUUUUCAACAACCGGGGCCAGGAAGUUUGCACGGUCCCCAUUUUUAUCUGAAGAGCUCGCUAUUUUGAUCACUUGUCUUCAAAAGAUAAUUACGGACUGGCUGCAUCUUCAGCAAAAAGGGGGCCGGGUAAUUUCUUACAAAUUUCCGACGGGGUAACUUGGAUAUGUAAGAUGUAGAACAAUUUUACAUCUUCAAUGUCUUACGUCAGCAGCAUCGUCUUUUCAAACAAGUUUUUUUUUCUCUGAACCAAGUUGACCGAGAUCCUCGAAGGAGUCAGUCUUUCAUUUUUGAACUCGGCUUUGAAACGACUAGACGUAGCGUUUGGUUGUUUCCAAUGUUUAGUACCUCAAUACGAUAUAUUAUCUGUUUUAUGAAUGACUAAUUACAGAAUAAAAAGUAUAAACCGGAUUCCUUUUUCCACCGCACACAGGCACAUUCUCAAGACGUUAAUGGCGUGAAAUGGCAUCCUAAAGAAUCAGGUCUCUUAGCUUCAUGUUCUGAUGAUGGUACAAUCAACAUGUGGAGAUUUAUACCACAGGAUUAAAUGACCUUCAACUACAAUUCUGAUUAAUACCUAGUACCCUUGAGAUCAUAGAUUCAAAUACGAGAUUGAUAGAUGAAGACCGUACGGAAAACAUUAGCCCGAGAUCGGGGGUAGACUCUGGCAACAUUCUCUGGGAAUGUGCUUUCAUACUCUAAGAAAGGACGAAGGAAUUCAGAACAAUGACGGUGAAAUGUAAGCUUUUUAGCGGGCAUUGUAUUUGCAAGUUUCGCAGGUCACUGCAAACAUCUCCUUUAGAACUCCCAAAUAUAAGAUCCCACGAAAGUUUCACGUCUCUGGGUUUUAUAUAAUAUAGUGAAGUAUUGGGGUAACUAAUACCGUUUAAAGUUUGGCGCCUGCACACGGUUUAGUAACCCCGUCCCACUAAUGAUCUGGACAGUUUUCUGCACUGACACUAUACUAGUCUGGUGAGCAAGGGGGGCACGAGGUAAACGAGGUGUGCCAGGGUGGAGGAUACGCACGAGGCGACGCCCACAUCCUCUUCCCGUGCGGCCGUCGCUCCUAUUUACGCCAUAUUCUUCUAUGCAUGUACCUUGCCUACGUUCUGGGAAAGAUAAAUGGGAAAUAUUAAAUGAAUGCGUAGUAUUUCUGGAGCAGGAUUUUAUGGACAUACAGUUGUAGAAUAAUUAAAUAUAGCGCUAUUUCAGAACUUUGUGAUAGUGUUUAACUAAGUACCAAAUAAAACUAAGUUAUUAGGUAUUGAUUUCACUGUUCAAGUCAUCAGCUUAUAAUCGGCUGACAAAAUAAGUAGUAGUAUGACCUAAACGUGUGCCUUUUUCUGCUUUUUUGAAAACGUUGCUUUAUUUAUCCAAAGCCUCUCAGAGUUCUUCUGGGAUGGUCGCCCGAGAGACUCUACUUACAACUUGUGACGAGCGUGUUCCUCUUUACUCCUGGAUUUCUUCGGUGAACACUGAUUCCAUGUCCUCAGCAGCCUCUGCUUUGGCGCUUCCCCUUUCGGAAAGCUGCUGACUCUUGCUUUCAUGCUCUGGAUUAUGUGUUGAAAGAUUUAACUCGGUGGCAGUGUUAACUCGGAAACUCAGCCUUGGGUAUUGCAGAGGUCAAGUUUUGUAUUGACAGAUCCCAAGGGUGAGUCGAGAGAGCUGUGAUUUUCGUUUAUGAGGGGUGUAACAGCAUCUGGUGAUAACCUGAAAGAAGGCCAAGUUCACCUAAUACGGUCGCGCCGUUAAGAUCCGGUAAUCAGCUAUAAUGGGUGAAAUAUUUAUGCUCCUGAGGAUGGCUUUCAAGGACUUGCACAGAAAUUUAAGGACUUUUCAAGGGAAAAUGGAAAGGGAACCUCCGACCCAAAAUAAAUCCCUUCUUCCUUUAAAAGGCCUAAGACAGCUACGGCUUGAGAGGUCCCUCCGCCCCCCCCCUUAAAGCUAUAGGAAGCAUCCUACAACGUUUCAUCUUGCUUAAGGUCCCUAAUUAGCGAUGGAAGUAAUCCUUGGUCUGACGUCAGACUUAAGGGCUUUUAUGUUUACAAUGUAGAGAUUCCCCCAGCGAUUUUAAGUCAUUGGCAUUGCCUGCAAAUAUUCAAAUAAAUUUUCGCUCAAUUCUUACGCUUUUAGUGACAGGUGGCGAAUUCAGACGCUGAAUAAAUGUACUGGACCCUUAGGGUGGUUUUCGACUGUCGCUAUUUUCUCGCGUACGAUCAUGCUUAACGACGAAGCCUUCAAAACACUAUAUAUUUCAUUCCUGCAGCUGCAGUUUUUAGACUUUGUCGAUGUUGCGUGGGUUGAAGCAGGGUGUUGCAAAGAGCUCAGAACCGAAAAUGCAAGAAGGCAUUUUGGUUUUUAAGUGAUCAUAUAAUCUGGUACCUUGGUUUGUUAGUACCCUACAAGAAAAAGGGCUUUGCACGAUCCUGCCACUGGAAGAACAAAAAAACUGCGCCAACCAAAGCCUGAACGCAAUACAUGGGCAAAAUAACUUUUCAAGUAGGCGGGGACUAUAUUACUAUUCUCCCCUUGUCAGUAUUAAAAGCGCCCCAUCCGUACAUACCUAAAAAAUUAUGAUGAGUAAGCAUUUUUAAUUCAUAACAUUUAUUUCUUACUAUCUUGACACAAUUUUUUAUAUAUAUUUCCAUUUCUACUGCUACUACCACUUGACACUGAUUAUUAUCACAUUAAAUGAAUUCAACUGACUAUUUUAUAAAUAUUCAUGACAAGUAAUUUCAUUCAUCUUAACACGCUUUGAAUUGAAGUACAAACCUAUCUCCGGAAUAACAACUCCUACUUACAUCAAUCAUUUUUAAACCAUUCGUAAUGAUUGAAUUUUUUAUCUUUUCUUUUUUUAAAGUUGUUACAAUCAGUUGAUUAAAGAAUUAAGAAUUAAAUGCAGGUGACUUUUGCAAUACAGUAAUAUCUUGUUAAAGUCAUCAGUGCAAAUUAAGCUUAUUGUAAUCUUGUAUAUAAUUUAUUUAGGUUUUCUUAUAAUUUCUUCUUGUACUUUAGGGAAUUUGAAAAUAGUAUAAAUCUUUGUUUCCCAUGGUCCUUUGAAUACCAGCCUCGUGGCUGAAUGGGCUACCUUGGUUACAUAACAUUACUUACUUACUUAUUUACUUACUUGCUAAAAUUUAAAGGUAGAGAAGUUAUGACGUCACAAAAACUAAAUUUAAGAAAUUAUUGAAUCGUACGAUCCAUGUUGAUUUUAGGAGGAUUAUAUGGAGUCAGCAUAGCAUAGCUUUGCUUUCUUACCCUAACUAGCUGAUUUUUGGCACGAUGGACAGCCUCCAUCUUUCUGAAUAUCUCAGUCAAUCCCAUAAUUUCCCCUGAAUUUUCUCCAAAUCAUUAUUAUUUGGAAUCCCAUAAUUUCACUUAUCACUCAAGAUAUAGUUCUCGGUUUCCGAUUGGCUCAAGGCUCUCGAGGCUAAUUCUUCAUAACCACCUAGCGUUGACCAAAUUUGGAAGACGUUUUGCGAUAUAUGGAAAAUGACAUCAAUAUAAGUAUAGCAUAAGUAUGAGAAUAAUGAACAGCAACUCAGAAGCCUUGGAGUCGAGGUAGUCGUCGUUUCAGGAGAGCAUUACAAAAAUGGCGGAAUAUUUUUCACAUUUUGAACUGAAGACAAAAUAGCCGAACUACUGCCAAAAACAGCAAGAAUACCCUGACAACUCCACAAAAGAUAUUCACUAUUUGGAGAAUAUCUGCAGAACUGAUCAUCCCUUUAUCUCCCGAACUUGCAGAGAAACAGGCAAAUGAAGAGGGGAACUUAAGACGAUCGAGGUAA